GCAUAGUCGGGUGGUCGGGUGGUGGCCAGGUGGUGGCCUGGCAUGGCAUCACUGACAGUGGCGUUGCCGUUGGCCAUGGCAGCCAUCAUAUCACUGGCCGUGUUUGCCUUGAUGGUACCAGUGGCAGGGCAAUUCUCGGGAUUGCCGCAAGCACCGCAACCGCCCUGUAGAGCGCCCAGCACCCAAAGUGCAGCGCUGCAAGAUGCGGUCGAAGGUAUUGCAGGUCUCAUGCAGAGAUUUGAAGAUUUGCAACCGCAGAUUGCGCAGCUACCAGCUCCCGAGUUGCAGCAGAUUGCGCAACCAGCUCAAAAGCUCCACGAACGUUUCGAGAAUAUGCAGAAGAAGCUGGUGGCCAUCAACGGCAAUGCUGGGCCAGAAUUAGAAGAGGAAGCCAUCACCUUCCACAGAGAUCUUGCGGUCUUUGUCAAUGGGGUCGCACGAAGGUUUGGCAUCACCGGUCCCCGUAGUCUACCUGGAGCAGCCAGUGUCGCAGCCGUCGAUGCGUCGCAGCGUCCGGGGAGCUUCGGCGCCCGACGAUCACCAGGUGGAUUAGCCGGUGGAGCAGGCGCAGCGUCGCCGGCCACUGAACAACGCCUGCAGGCGGCCAUGCAGGCCAUCCAAUCUGGGAUGCAAAGAUUUGAGUCUCUGCAUCAGAAGCUGGCCACUCUGCCAGCACAGGUCUUGAACCCUUUGGCCGACCAAGCGCAACGGCUCCAUGAAGAGUUCCUGCGGUUGCAGCAGAAAGGGAUGCAGCUGGCCAGUGGCCAACUAAUGUUGGAGGCUGAUGCAGCACCCUAUGCUGACGAGCUAGAGUCGUACAUGUCAAGGCAGCUGACCUUCGUCGGCGAUGCGGAGUAUCAAGUGAAGCAGGCUGCAGCGCCGAGCUCCAGCGGUUACCAGGGCAUGCUAGGCAAUCGCCUGUCCCCAGCUCCUGUGGGAGCCCAAGCUGCAUCCUUUGGGCCGCUACCAGCGACUGGAGCACCGGCGCAGGCCAUGGGCUCCAUGGGCUCAACGGGCUCCAUAGGAAUUGGCCCCAUGGGUCAGGCACCUCUCCCCGGACAGGUGACGCCUGAGACCGACCGGCGUCUCUCUGCAAUCAUUGAGAAGGUGAUUCGGCUCAUGCAGGAGUUUCAAGGUUUGGCUCCACAACUUUCUCGGAUUCCGCAGCAGGUUCUCGCCCCACUGGCCAACAUGGGCACUUCGCUUGACACGCGCUUCCGAGAGCUUCAGAGACGUGGUUCUGAGAUAGCCGGAGACAACACUAGGCCGAUGACGGAGAAGGAUGCCAGUCAAUAUCUGAAAGAUAUGGAGGCCUUUCACUCCGAACAGGAGCGCUACGUGGAACAAGCCAAACAGGCGCUGCAAGCAGCGCCUGCGCAAGGACUAGGCGCAGGUGGCCUUAGUCUUGGCAGCGCACGACUAGAAGACCUCCGAGGUGCUGGUGCUAGUGCCAACACCUUUGGUGGCCUGCCGAAUGCUCCAUCCAUCGGCCUGGGUGGCCUGGGUGGGCUGGGUGGGCCGAAAGCGAAUGGCGGUGGCUUCGGGGCUGGCCUGGGUGGAUUUGGUGGACAAAGGGCCCCAGGCAAUACGCUUCAUGCCCCAACCAUCUCGGUGAACAACUUUGGUGCUGCGAGUUUCGGUGGCUUUGGUCGCAAGGGUGCCGAAAGAUCCUCAGAGGCACCAGGCCUACCGGGCCUACCGAAUUUGGAAGAAAUGGGCCGUGCAACGUUGAACACGGCGGUGCUGCCGAGCCAAAGAGGUGUGUGCAGCGCAGGUGUGUGCGGAGAAUCCAGCUUGUGACAGCACAGCCUGCAAUUUUUGGUCGAAUGACAGGGGUCAGAGAGGCCGAGUACCUU